CCCUAUCUCCGUCUUUCUCCCUACCGAUGCACUUUGCCUCUCGUUUCCGUCCACUCUCCACCACCGACCCCAAGCAUCUUUCAUCUUGAUUUCUUGGUCCUGUAGACCCCAUUCCUCCACAUCCCCUUGCUCUCCCUGCCCUCGAGGGGACUUGCAGCGCUGAUGACUUGAAGAAAAAGCUCGAGCCGGAGAGCAUCCGUCAUCCAUUCUCACUCAACCUUCCUCUCCCUCUCCUCGUCCCUCUACAACACUCCCUCCUCCUACCGCUGCGUCCAGCGUCACUGCACUAUCCCAUGCACUGAGACGGAUAGCACUUCCAGAGGAUGACAGGCAAAGCCCUCUCAGGACCAGCACAGGGGCACAUGAAUGUUCUGUGACCCGCUAUGUCACUUGUGGAGCAGCACUGAGGAAGGAUCCUUGCUGUGUGGGAGAUCGUUGCUGUCCUGGUGGUUCUUUUUCCAACUGUGAGAAGACCAGAAUUCUGAUUUCAAAGGGCUUUUUCUGACUCCCGGGAUGGAUCCUGGUUGAAACUAAAUCUGGAUUUGGAUGUGGAUUAGAAUGUGGCUUCCCAAAGUUUGAGCACGUAGAGCACAGUCGGACCACUGCAUAUAUUUGGAUUAAGCAGGAUGCCAAAGUUGAGUAGUCAUAGGAGUAAAACAUCGGGCUGGCCCCCGCCUGGACCAGGCUCUUGGGGUGGACUGCAGGGGCCACCGUAUAGCUGGGACAGCAUGAGCAGCACCAGGGAGGGCCGGGACCUCCUCACCAACCAAGUGUCCCAGAGCAGCUCCCUGGAGGAGGUUCACCAGGAUGGCGUCCCCCCUGCUCCUCGCCUGGUGGAAAUGAGGCGAGACCCGGUGCUAGGUUUCGGAUUUGUGGCAGGCAGUGAGAAACCGGUGGUGGUCCGCUCCGUCACGCCAGGUGGUCCAUCAGAGGGGAAGCUGAUGCCAGGCGAUGAGAUCAUCAUGAUCAACGACGAACCUGUCAGUUCUGCUCCGCGGGAACGAGUUAUCGACCUUGUCAGGAGCUGUAAAGAAUCCAUCUUGUUGACUGUUGUCCAACCAUAUCCUUCUCCUAAAUCAGCGUUCAUCAGUGCAGCCAAAAAAGCCAUGCUCAAGUCCAAUCCAGUCAAAGUGCGCUUUGCAGAGGAGGUCAUUAUAAACGGCCAGGUUCCAAACCCGGUGAAGGACAAUUCACUGCUGUUCAUGCCAAAUGUCCUGAAGGUCUAUCUGGAGAACGGGCAGACCAAGUCGUUCCGCUUCGACAGCAGUACCUCCAUCAAGGACGUGAUUCUAACCCUGCAAGAGAAGCUGUCAAUAAAAUGCAUUGAGCAUUUCUCCCUCAUGUUGGAGGACAGGACGGGGAGCUCUGGAAGCAAGCUGCAUCUGUUGCACGAACAAGAAAUGCUUUAUCAGGUGACUCAGAGACCUGGCUCCGAGAAAAUGAAGUGUUUCUUCAGAAUCAGCUUUGUGCCCCGAGAUCCUGUGGAGCUGCUUCGGCGAGACGCUGUGGCGUUUGAAUACCUCUACGUACAGUGCUGUAAUGACGUGGUCUUGGAACGGUUCGGUCCGGAGCUGAAGUAUGAUGCGGCACUGCGACUGGCAGCUCUGCAGAUGUAUAUCCUCACCAUGACGACCAGACAAACCCAGAAGGUGUCACUCAAGUACAUCCAAAAAGAGUGGGGUCUGCCUCUGUUCCUGCCUCCCGCUGUGAUGUCCAACAUGAAGGAGAAAAACAUAAAGAAGGCUCUGACACACAUCCUCAAAACCAACCAGAAUCUUGUGCCUCCAGGGAAAAAACUCACUGCUUUACAGGCCAAGGUGCAUUACCUGAGGUACCUGAGUGAACUACGGCUCUACGGAGGAAGGGAGUUUCAAUGCAUACUCUUGCAAGGGGAAAAACAGACGGAUGUGACGCUGCUAGUGGGCCCUCGAUACGGCAUAAGCCACGUCAUUAACGCUCGCACCAACCUUGUGGCUCUUCUGGCUGACUUCAGCCAUGUCAACCGGAUCGAAAUACUGACUGAGGACGAGACAAACGUCCGUUUAGAGCUUCAUGUCCUGGAUGUCCGGCCCAUCACGCUGAUCAUGGAAUCCAGCGAUGCAAUGUACUUGGCCUGUCUAACAGCUGGCUACUACCGCCUCCUGGUGGAUGCUAGACGGUCUAUCUUCAAUAUGGCCCACUGCAACAGCACUGAAGCGGAUGACACUUGUCAGGAUCGUAUCUUGGAGUGGCCGUAUAGCACAUCUUUCGGGGAGGAGGAGGAGCCGUCCUUCAGACAACCAGAGAUCUACAGCCAGGAUUAUCCAGACAACACCCCUGUUGAAAACUGUAUUUCAUCCUACUCCUACGACCACCCCGAUAGCGAGCAAAGGACGCAGAGAAGUCCGUUACCUCCUCCUCUUCCUCCUGCAACCAGGCACAAAGUUCAAGACUCGCCGCGAACUGCCAAAGUCUCAUUUAUAUUUGGGGGAGAUCCACCUUUAAAAAAGCCCAAGAAUGUGGGCUAUGAAAGACUCAUGGAGAGUCCAGACAGAGCCCAGCGCAGACCCCACUACUUGCACAACAACUCAGACUAUCAAGCACAAGAGAGGAUGCCAUUUCAGUUCAGUGACUUGACCCAUGUCUAUAGCAACAUCAUCAUUACUGAGGAAGGUGAGGAGCCUCUCCUUCGAGAUCUUUUAUAUCGUGACACAACAGACGAUGCGGAAGACGACGAUGACGCUUCCUGUGAAGAAGACUCAGUCGGGACCCCCUUAUGCAACGAACGUGCAGGAAGAGACAGGAACUGCAAUAACCAGGGAAGCGGCUCAGCCGCAGCUGCAGGAAAAGCUACUUUCAUUUCAUUUUCGGGGUCUACCGAUGACAUCAUUGAUCUGACAUCUCUGCCUCCCCCCGAGGGUGACAACAGCAUCGAUGAAGAUGAGGAUGACACACUGCUGCAGUCCUUGAAUCUCGCGAUUGCUGCCCCGCCACCUGGCUUCCGAGACAGUUCGGAUGAGGACGCAACGCCGGAGGGCAGACCACUGAGCACAUGUGACAAUGAUGACCUACCAGUAUCCUUAAUUGAUGCCGUCCCCACACACGAGGAAGGUAGUAAAGCUGGCGACAGGCUGGAGAAUGCAGUUAUGAACACUUUACAGAGACUUGAGGAUCUGUCAAUCUCAGAGCGUAGACCUCCUCCUCCUCCACCCACCAACAAUCCAGGUGGAAACACAUCACAAGGCCUUAGUCCGCAAUCUUCUUCAGAUUCCGGCAAUGAGACAAAUUCCUCUGAAAUCACAGAAAUGUGUGACGUAGCCGGAUCUCACAGGCACAGUGAGAGCCACAUGCGGCUGCUAGUUGCUACAAGGGAAGGAUACCAACCUUUGCUGGAAGAGAAAACAGAGUUUCCGGUUUCCCCGUGUACAGGGGGAACUAUUCCGAAGAAGCCCCGCAGUUCAUCAAAGUAUCUCCAGCCCCCAGUGGUUCCACCGCGACGAAGCCCCCAUUUUGAAACGUCAUCAUUAGGCCAAGAUCUACUAACCGUUGGGCCUCAAAUGAACCACGCCUCCACUCUACAGCGUCCAAGUUCUACGACACCAGGUGGCAAACAUCACAGGAAAUCUGCAGAUUCUAGCGGAAAGUACAACACAUUCAGCACCAGGGAGGGGUAUUGUGGCGAGAGAAGCAGUCAUCUAGAAUUGAAUCAGAGCGCUACCUUCAGUGAGAGAGGCCAACUCCAAAGACGACAGAAUUCUCUAACAACGGACAAUUCUCUCACCGAGGGCCUUGGAACAAAUAGCCUCACGCAUCAUAGAAUACCGCGCCCGAUUUCGUCUCACACUGACCGUUUGGCAGGCAGCGUGGACAUUGAAAAUGGGGCGGCUCCCUCUGUUGAGCAUGAUGAACAUCUUGUUGUAGCGUCGUUGCUCUCACCAACCAAGAAAUCAAGAGCCGGCGUUGGCGACCAGGGAACUGACAUACAAAAUGAUCAUCCAACCAUUUCACGCCAGCAGAGCGUAGCCCGACUGUGUGAGUACCACCUGGCCAAGCGUAUUUCGAAUUUGCAAAACGAAACCCAAAGUUCCCUUCAAGGUUCUUUGUGCUCAUCACUGGAUGCUGGCGGUAGCACAAAUAGUAGCGUGUGUGUAACCCCGACAGACUCGCCACUCGGCCCAGGCACUGUUGAAUCCAAACAACAGCACCUUCAGAGACACCCGCUCUCUAGUUCGUCCUCUUCAUUACUCAGAGUGCUAAACCAUGAGGAUAUGAAGCCAGGGAUGGCCCACGGUAUUCCUGGCCUAGGCACACAUGGGAAGGAUCUUCAUCCACAUGCAGACCCAGCCCUGCUUCGGAAAAUGCUGCCAAACAUACACCCACCAGCUGCAGGAGCAGCUAUGCCUUCAAAACACAAAGAGACCACAGGUACUGGAAGCAAAAGGUCCCUCAAUGAACUGCAUGCUAAACAAAAUUCCUGUUCAAAGGGCCUGAGCCAUAAAGAAGGCAGUGAGGCCUACAGACAGUUGAUAAACUAUCUGACAGUCAGUCAAAUGCAUCAGGGAGGGAAGCUCCACAGCGCAGGUAUGGGUAACGCCGUGAAAAAGGACACCCGCCGAUACAUCACCAGUAAUCCUCAGUUGGUAGAGAUGGUUAGGAAUAGAGGGAAUGCUCGCUGCCCUUGUAUGCCCUCCUCAUUAUCCUCUCCUUUUUUAAGCCCGAGUGUAGUCAACGCAAACCGAAACCCACGACCGUACUACUCCGCCACACUUCCUGCUAAACUCAAACGAAGUCCUGAAACGCAUGCUCAGAGACCCAGUGAUUGUCUGGAUGUGAAGCAUGCCACAUCAGAGAGAAGGAGCUCUUUCUCUGGACUUGAAUGCGAACUAGAGAGAAGUGGUAUGGACCCUGACCAUUUCCUCUCAAUUUGCAAGAGGGAAGGGUACAUUGGCAGCAAUCGUGACGGUACUCCCAGUCGCCUUCCACCCCGCUCAAAAAGUCAGCCAGGCGGAAGCCCAGAGGACUGGUUUAGAUCAGACUCGCAAGUGAAACAGUCAGUUCGCCAGUCGCCUCAUUGUCACCCUAAUGAUAAUCUUUGUUUUUCUCCUGCCUCCAGUAUGAGUGGUACACGAAGCGAUCCCAUCAGCCUCUCACUGGGACGAGGGGACCACCCCUCAGCUUUUUCCAAGCAGACUUCUACUACCAGUAGAACAAGCAUUGCCUCCCCGACCCCUAUCACCCCGCCACCUCCUCCACAGUCUCCCCCACCUCUUUCGUCCUUACCACAGCAUGUUAGCACAAGCUACAACAGUUUAGGAUGUUCACAAGACUUCUUGCAUCCGAUCCAGCCGCGUCAAAAUCAUAACCACAUCCAUGCGGCGACGCCAACCCCAACACAAACUGAGCCCUUGUGUAACAGCCUCCAAAGGGGUCGUGAGCUGAAACGUAGCUGCAGCAAUGUUACCGCCAGUUCCUGUAGCGUAGAUGUACUGUUUGAAAAGCCAUCUCGUAGUCGCAGCCAGCAGCCUCUGUCACCCUCACACCCAGCCCAGGCAGACAGCAAAGUGCAGCGGCGGCCGGCACGAAAGCGGCUUUCUAAGAGCUACUCUCAAGGCUCGGUGUCCUCCCACACCACUUGCUGGCCCUCAGGCAGCAGGGUUGACAGUAGAAGAGCGUCCGUCGCAUUUCCUUUGCACAAAGACCACAAACAAAUAAAGAGCUCUCAGAAAUUCGAUGCAAGCCCAUGGAGAUGCAAUGGUCCUUUUAGCUACUGUUUCUUUAAACGGAAAAGUGAAGGGGAAGAGGACGACGUUGAGUGGGAGAAACCCAGACGAAGCCGCUUAUCGAACGAGAUUGACAAUGACUGUCCUGCAGCUUUGGCUAUUUUCCCCUGUGGUUCAACGCUGGAUGCAGCUGGGGAGCAGCUCUACGGAGAAGUCCUCAACAACAUGAGCUUCAGUGACCGGCUUGCAAGAGUCAAUGCACUCAAGGAUCGCAUGUACAGCUACCCUUCUGGUUUCACCGACGUCCGUCGUGACGCUAGUGAGCUCAUCGCUCUUGUCCGGUCUAGUGUGGGUCGCUGUGAUCGAGGAGCCCAGAUGCCAAUCCAAGACGUCUCCCAGUACAAGCAGCUUCUUUCUGUCGAGUCAAAAGAAUUGGGGCGAGCUUGUCGCAGAAUGUCGCAAGCGCACAGCAGUCCGGAAGAGAUGCUGCUGGCUGUAACAUGCAGCUUUCAGGUGCUAUGUUGUCUCUGCGAAGCUUGUAUGUGUUUGGUGAAGGGCCUCGGUACUUCAGCCUCACAUCAACAAAGAGAGGUUGUGGCUAAGGUGGAUGAGGUUGUUAUGAACUACAUAUGUUUACUUAAAGCCGCGGAGGCUGCCACAGUGGGAGCACCAGGGGAGCACAGUGUGAAAGCCCUUGUCCGCCACUCAAGUACAAUGUCGGCCAUCGCUAACGCACUCACCCGCUCUCUUAAAACGCUGCUCAGUAAGUAGAGGCUUCUACCUUUGCUGUCUUGUGUGGCCUAUGCAGUCAGUAGAAGUCUGCCUUUAAGCUUAGUACAUUUUGAUGACUGGAAAAGUCACAAUUUUGAGUUUUAAAAAAGACACAACAGCCUCCAUAUCAAAAAGUCUGUAUUAACGCAAGCAAACAAUGUGCAGAGAAGGCAUUACUUUAAAGAGGGAGAUAGACCUAACAACUAAUUUGCCAGAAUUCUAUUGCUUUUUCUUAGGAGAAUAUUGAAAUGUUUAUUAUUACAAGCCAUAAUAUUGAUCUUUGUAAUAUAGCUUACAUGCAUACCUUAUUGAGACCCUUUUAUCUGUGCAUUAUGUAACUUAUAUUUAAAAUAAUGUUUAUAAUGUACAUAAACACAUAUUUAUUUGAUGUAGCAGUUUUAAAUAAACAUCACAAUUACCAAUACACAAUAUAGGGCUUAAAGCUUUGCUUUCAUUCAGUUCGAUAAUGCAGUUUAUAUGAUAUAUUGUUACAGUCAAUUUGUCACUGUAAAUUUUGAACUCAAAUGGUUAUAUUGUUAUUUUAUUUAUAUAAGAAUUAUUAAUGUCAAAAACAAAGUGAAGGGGAAUAAGAAAUACAGGGACAAUGAAAUUGCACUGCAUUGAUCAUUGCCUCAUUUUUCACCUAGAUCUUUUCAGGAGAGCCUGAGCACUGUUAAACCAAGUUUACCCUCGAGAUAAGAAAAGAAGAAAAAAAAAUUAUAUAUAUAUAUAUCACUAUUAAUGACUGACGUUCGAUUCGAUUUAUUUUUACAUGCUUUUGUCUUUUAUUAUCUGUCCUUGGGGUCAAUCCUGUGCUUGAAUGGAGUAUUAUUCUACACAAUAUAUGGAAAAUGCAGUUUUGUCUCAUGACAAGAUGUAAAACUUCCUUUUUCUUCAAUGAUCCCAUUAAAAAAUGGUUUCUCUUUGUCUCUGAUUUUGUUCCUUUGAUCUUCCUUUGAUCUUUUAGUGUUUUGGUGUUGGAAAUGAAUCAAGGUGGAGUUACAAGAAGAACGGUAAAGUUAGUGAUUGAGCCGUAGGGUCGAGGCCCAUAGUUGGGCCGUGAGCGCCCCCUUG